AUGAUUCCCCUUGAAAUAAUAAGUAUUUUAAUUUUAAUUUUAGUAUUUACUUUCUUAGCGAUUUGUACUUAUUUGUAUAUAAAUACAUCAAGAUUUCCAAAGAUUAAACGAUAUGAAGAAGAAAAAUCUUUUUUAAAUCAAAAGACUGGCAAGAGAGAACCUUUUCCUUCUCUUCAUGAUGAAUUCAAUUUACACCUCAGUGUUAUUAUUCCUGCUUAUAAUGAAGAAACACGACUCAAGCCUAUGUUGGACGAAUGUCUGGAAUUUCUCGAAAACCGAAAAAAAUCAGGAUUAACUUAUGAAGUUAUUGUUGUAAGUGAUGGAAGUACUGAUAAAACUGUACAAGUAGCCCAAAAUUAUGCUAAAAAAUAUGAUACUCUGAGAGUACUUGAAUUAAUUGAAAAUAGAGGAAAAGGAGGUGCUGUGAGACUAGGUAUGCUCAGUGCUCGUGGUAGUGUACUCUUAUUCGCUGAUGCUGAUGGUGCUACAAAAUUUAGCGAUCUUGAUAAACUUGAAGAUAGUAUGAAAGAGAUUUUGAAUUGUGACUAUAAAAUAAAUCCUGAGAAAGUUGCUAAUGCCCAUGCCGUUGUUUGUGGAUCUCGGGCUCAUCUAGAGGAAGCUGAAGCAGCACGAAGAUCUUUUUUUCGAUUAAUUUUGAUGCAUGGAUUCCACUUUCUAGUAUGGACACUCUGUGUUCGUCAUGUACGUGAUACUCAGUGUGGUUUUAAACUCUUUACUCGUGAAUCAGCAAAAACUUUAUUUGAUGCUCUCCAUGUUGAACGCUGGGCGUUUGAUGUAGAAAUACUAUACAUAGCACAAACAUUGGAUAUUCCCAUUACAGAAAUCGCCGUGAACUGGACUGAAAUUGAAGGUUCGAAAAUAAUUCCUUUUUGGAGUUGGUUAGAAAUGGGUUGUGAUUUAUUAUUAAUUUGGCUGCGAUAUAAAAUACGAGCCUGGAGAAUAAUACGACCGAAAAAGUUAUAA